UUCUUUUUUUCUGUCAAAUUUUUAUUAGACGUAAAACUUUUUGUUUUAGGUGUUUAUUCUCAAAAAAAAAAAUUAAGUGGAAAUUUUACAAAAUUAAUACAAAACCUACAUAAUAUUAACUAUUAAAAAGACUGUAUUUUCAAAUGAAUGUUCAAAUGAGGUUUUCAGGGUACCGCAGUGAAUUGGGCAUUAUCCUCUUCAAAUGGAAGGUCACUGGAAAUAUUUCAACUUGGUUUUUACUCUAAAAAGAGGUCUCUUGGUUUGUUAGGCAGUUCAAUUCAACAUUUAUGUCCGCUAAAAAGCUAUGUUUUUAUUUUGAUAAGUUUGGUGAAUUUGAUGAUUAUCACAGUUGAUAGUUUCAGGUUAAAUCCUGGACCAUGAAUUUGAAACAUUCAGUUGAAAUAAUACUGGUUGGAUUUUUACUGCCCCUCUCUACCAAACCACAAUCUUGCACCAGAAAUGUUACUGAUGAAUCAUGGAGAGAACUCUUUCCUUUCCUAGAGACAGAAAUAGAAACAAGAAAGAGAAGAAUUUGUAAUGUGGAGUUAGAAGAAGGAAACUACACAGGGAUGAUCAAUGAGUUUGGAGAGAGGGAUGGUUGGGGCGAAAUGAGAUGGAAUAAUGGAACGCUGUAUGGAACUGAAAAUGAAUUCUAUUACACCGAAGGAGAUAAAUAUCUGGGACAAUGGAAACAAAAUCUACAGCAAGGUCUAGGGAGUCUAUACUCCAGAACUGGAGUGUAUGUUGGAGAAUGGAUUAAAGGACUCCAAGAAGGGAAUGGAACUGCUCUAUAUAAUAAUGGAAACAAGUAUACAGGACAGUUUUCCCAGGGAUUCAAGGAUGGAUUUGGUGUUUUUCAAGUUGUCAACGGAGAUGUAUAUACUGGAAGAUUCAAGAAAGGAAUGCGAGAUGGGGAAGGAAUAGAAUCAUUUUACAAUGGAGAGAAAUAUGUUGGAACUUACAGGGAGGAUAAACAGGAAGGACAGGGUAUUGCCUACUACUCGAAUGGAAGAGUGAAGUAUGUUGGUGAAUGGAAGAAUGGUUCCCCGGAUGGAAAUGGAACUUAUGUAGCACUUAAUGGAGAUAUGUACAUAGGACUCUUCAGAUCCGGAGUAGUAUCCGGACCAGGAAGGAUUCAAGAGGUCUCCGGAGAAAUCAGGGAGGUCGGAGAAAAUGAGGAAAUUGAUUUCAGGUCUGAAAAAAGCAAAAUGCUGGAAAACUUUUGGAAAUUCUCGGAGUUUCUAGGUCUAAACAAAUUCUUUCAAAAGUAUAUUGAUUUUUUUACUCUUACUCUGCCAUCAUGGUUUGGUAAAUAGAAAACAAAGUUGAAAAGAAAUUCAAAGAUAUGGAGUUUUUUUUGGGUGCCAUUCGUGUUGAUAGUGUAAUAAGAUGUUGUAUUUUAGAACUGUGAGAAUUUUUUUAUUUUCAUUUAAAAUGUGUUCACUGUUCAUUGUACAGAAAAUAUAAAAAAAUUAUAAUUUAUCUGAACUCCGUUUUAUACAUGAAAAUGUAGAUUGGGGGACUUACAUUAGCAGGUAUAAAGAAAAUGAGUCUUUGCCACAAACUUAAAUUUUCUAAUCCCUCUGUCUUUGCAACCUGAUGAUGUAAAAAU